CACGGCGAUGGGCGGGCCCGGACGCCUCUCUCCCGGGGCUGUUUUCCGGUCUUGAAAAAUCAGGGCGAGCGGAGCCGAAGAGGCUCGGAGAGGGCGAACGAAGGCUGCCUUUACUUGUUUCAGUCGCCAUGGGUUUCUUGCGCCGCUUGUAUCUGCUGGGCUUCCCGCUGUUCCUCUGGACUCUGAAUACCGUGGCCCUGGGCACUCUGGCGGCCGCUGGCCAAGAAAUGGGGUGCCAGAAGUACACAAAUAAAACUUGUGAAGAAUGCCUGAAAAAUGUCACAUGUUUAUGGUGCAGCAGCAGCAAAAAAUGUGUGGAGUAUCCUGUUCGAAAUAUCCUCCCUCCAAGUUCUGUUUGUCAGCUGAGCUCUGCACGCUGGGGUGUAUGUUGGGUGAAUUUUGAAGCACUAAUCAUUGCCAUGUCUGUAGUGGGAGGAAUAAUCCUUCUCACAAUUUUCAUCUGUUGCUGUUUCUGCUGCAGAAAAAAAAAGAACAAAAAGACUGAUAAAGAGGAUGAAAAGGCUUCCAGGGAAAGAGAGCAAAGGAGAGUUCGGCAGGAAGAAAGGAGAGCAGAGAUGAAAACUAGACAUGAUGAAAUCCGGAAAAAAUAUGGUUUGUUUAAAGAGGAAAAUCCGUAUGCCAAAUUUGAAAAUAACUAAGAUUUAUUUUGAAAUACUCAAAUAUCAUCUGACAGUGCUGUCUCUAUAAUGUACAGGUGUGAAAAAAAGAUAUGUACAUUAGAUGCCUUAAUUGCAAAUAGAAAAAUGGUCUUAAUGCAAGAUGGAACUGACCAUAAUUACAGUGACAAAGACUGAAAUUGAUGAACAAACCAAUAUACCUCUAAAACUCUGGAGGCUGCAAUAUAUUCAUGUUAUUUUUUUCCUAACUAUUAAGCAAAUGCUUGUGCUACUAUAUUUUGCUUUUUGUGCAUUAUUCAAUUGCCAGCAAAGUCUUAAGCCAAAUUUAUUGAUAAAUUGGGACAGGAUGGUGCACAUACUGUCUCCUUUUCUUCUGUGACCAACAGUUUGAGACAUUCUAAUAUUAAUAGUAGAAAUAAGGUUUUUAAAAUCCUAGUAUAUACCUAGGGGUUUCCUAUACAAAAAUAUCAUACACUUUAAUAGAUUCUCUGGCAAAAGUGACUAAAUUACUCCAGAAAGAAAUUGCUUUCAAAAUAUUUUUGUUAUCAUGGAAUUCUAAAGGUCUGCACUUUUAUAAAUUGAUUCUGUUAUUUCUUUGCAAAAUAUGUUUAGUCCUUCUCUUUUGUGCCUUUAAAAUCUACCAUAGAAGUCAUUAAACUGAAUAUUAAUAAGAUACUGCUUUAUACUUUAUACUUUGGCCAUAUGCAUUUAAACUGUAAAGGUUCAGCUAUAUUCAGUCUUCUUGAACUACUUUAAUAUUGUAAUAAAAAUUUGCCAAACUGUAUAAUGUAUAAUUAUAUCACAUUGUAUCCUUAUGUAUCCAAAUGGUAACUUAUUGUAUAAUGUCAGAAAAAAUGUCCUUUAUAACCACAAUGUAAGUUUAUGUACUUAAGUCUUAUUGAUAAAAUCUUUCGGCUUGAUGCAAUAGUCUGUUUUCAGACAAUUCUACAUUUGAUCUUAUGCACUGGAGGGUAAACAUUUUUAUUUUUUUCUGACAAGUCAUAUCAAGACUAAGAAAAAUUGAUUUUGUAGCAUUUAAUGUUAAUUGGAAAACAACUAUUUUGAAAAAAACAUUUAAAUAACUUUUUUAAAAAGGGGGUACUUAUAAUUUACAGAUUUUUUCCCUGAGUAUUUUACUUGAGCUCUUUACCUACAUGAGAAAUGAAUGGAAAAAAAAUAAAACACCAGAGAAUUGGUUGAAGAAUAUGGAACAACAUUAGCCUUAUUUUUUUUCCAUCUGAAGACAGUUAAAUAAAAUGUACAUGCCCAGAAAUAUAUAGUAUUCUUCUGUAGUCCUAUAAGUAUUGUGUUGUCAAUUGUACAGUAAUUAUAAUUCCUUUAAAAUGUAAAUCAUGUAUUUACUCUUCAGUUGACUGUUUUAUAAAAGUCACAGUGAGGUUUCUCUAGAGCUUUCCCCACUUGAAUAUAUAUAUAUUUCCAAAAGAUAGAACACUAUAUUACAAAAAACUUUCAUGCAAAUCAUUUGUCUUGUUAAGAUUAACAAUAGUGAAAAAUGUAAAAUAUUUGGCUAACUAAAUAAAAAGUUACCAUAA